AUGGGUAAUUGCUGUGAUAUUCGUUAGAAGAAUAAUUCUCCAAAAAUCAGUAGAAUGCUUUAAGUAUCCGAAAAUCUGUCAGAAUAUGAAAUAAUAGAAUAAUCAUAGAGAUACAAGGAAGAAGGCAACCAAUAUAUGCAGUAAAAGUUAUUUAAAGAAGCAAUUAUUGCAUAUACAUAGGCGAUAGUAUUAUAUUUGAUAGAAAGAUAGAAUUUAUAUAAUAAAGAAUCUAUAUAUUAUUCAAAUCGUGCUGUUGCCUAUAGAAUUGUCUAAGAUUAUGAAAAUGUUAAGAAAGAUGCUAUGUAAGCAUUAUAAUUAGACAAUAAAAAUGUUCGAGCUUAUUUUUUAUUGGGAACUGUUCAUUUAAUCUUAGGUUAAAAAGACAAAUGUUUAAUUUAAGCAACAGAUGGUGUUAACUUUUUGAUAUAAGGUAAUGACAUAAUUAAUAACCAAGCAUAAAAGCAUAUUGAGUUAAAACCACAAUUAAAAGAUAGCAUAAAUUACAAUUAUUCAUAAGGUCUUAUUUUAAAGGGCAAGUUAGAAAAGUCACAAAAUUUUAAAGGUUUUUUUAUUCUUUUAUUUUAAGAAUUCUUAAUAUUGAAAGAGAAACUAAAUAAGUUAUAUGGUAAAAAAAUUAAUUUAAGUAAAUUGUCAUAUCCAGGAACGAAAGAACAUUAUGUACCUAAUUGUGUUGAAUGCUACACAUGUAUCAUAACAUAAGAAAUAAUGUGUGAACCUGUCCUAUUGAAAAGUGGGCACACUUAUGAAAGACGCUCUAUAAAUGAGUGCAUCAGGGUUAAUGGACCAUAUGAUCCAACGACAAGAUAAAAAAUUAAGGGAACUUUCAUUCCAAAUAUUUAAUUAAAAAAUGCAAUAAUUGAUUACUAAAAUAAUACUCUUGAAUUUUAAUGA